AUGUGGCCCCUGCUUCUCAGCUUGGUGGUCACAAGCGCCGUGCAGCACCGACAGCCGGAGUACAACCGCUCCGAGCUCUCCAUACUGAUCCCAGAGGCACGGCCUCUGGUCUCCCUGCCUCUGGUGGCCCUGCAAGCGCACACGCAUUUCCCGGAGCUUCAGGUGCAGAUCCUAUAUGGCCAGGAGAACGAUGACUUCGUGCACAAUGAGGAGACGCUUCUCCGACUUCGAAGAGCCGGUUCCCUGGUUCUCACGCCCCUGCCUUUGACCUUCGCUGUUGGCAACUUGACCAAGGGGCGCUACUCGACCAUGCUGAAGUGCCCUGAGUUCUGGGAGUCCGCGCUGACACCGAAGAUCUUGCUGGUGCAGGCGGACUCCUGGCUUUGCAAUUCAGCGCGCGCAAGCAUCAAGCCCUUCCUGGGCUACGAUUACGUCGGAUCUCCUUGGGGCCAUUUGGUACCAGCCUGCGGCGAGGCGGGCGGCAACGGUGGCCUCUCCUUGCGGGACAAGGAGGCCAUGCUGAGGGUGGCCAGGAUGGAGAAGAAUCUGGAGGAGCUGGUGGAGCCCGAGGACGUGUUUUUCUGCAGCCACGCCGGGACCCUGAGGAUGCCUCCAACUGUGGAGGCCCGGAGGUUCGCCACCGAGGAGAAGCUGCCAGGGCAGAGUGCUGAGUCUGCGGCGCAGGGCAUCUUCGGCGUACACAAGCUGGUGACCAAGGACCCGAACGGCUUCAGCGAGAAGGAGGUUGCCAACUUCGAGGAGCACUGUCCGGGUGUCACGCUCAUGGUGGAUUCCAUUGGCCGCUCCGACACCAGCCCAAACUGGAGGGACAGUGAGGACUUGAUCCACGCUUGGAGGGGCACGGCCUUGCGACGCCUCGUUCUCGCUCAGACUGUGGGCCGGAGUUUGGUCGCAGUGAGCCUCCGCGACCUGAAACGCGCUUGA